CCUCAACCGGUUCUCUGAGGUCCCUCAGCGUCAGUUUACCUCGACGUUGAUACCCAUUUGGGUGUCUUUCCCUUAUCGUCCGACCUAACGUUUCUUAUCAGUCGCAAAAAUGUGCUCAACAACGACGAUCUUGCAUCUCUUCAACAAUUCGAGAUUACUUAUUUCUAAUAAAUCUCAGCACGCGAUAAGAAAGUUGAGUGUCUCAACUCGAAACGAGAUGAGAUUUGUGCAAUACCGGCUCAAAACGGGCGGUUUACCCCACCUGGGGGGGCAGAUUACCCAGGAUGGGGACAUUUUCGACAUCAGCAACGUGGACCACUCCAUACCCAACACCCUGACCAAGUUCCUAGCCACCGGCGAUGACGUCUACGAGAGGGCCAAAAGGAUAAUCGCUUCCGGCAAAUCCGUCAUCCCUCUCAAAAACGUGGACCUCCUCCCCCCAAUAAUCAAACCGGACAAAGUGGCUUGCGUGGGCCUCAACUACUCCGGUCAUUGUGACGAACAAAACAUCCCCCACCCCCGUGAACCCAUGUUUUUUAGUAAAUUCUCCUCAACCAUCGUGGGGCCCUACGACACCAUCCAACUGCCCAAAAUAAGCAACAGUGUCGACUGGGAAUGUGAACUCGCUGUGAUCAUAGGCCGCAAAGCCAAGGCCAUAAGGCAAGACCAAGCCCAUGAUUACAUCUUCGGAUACACAGUGGCCCAAGAUAUUAGUGCCCGAGACUGGCAGAAAAAACGAAAUAAUGGACAGUUUCUGCUAGGCAAAAGUAUGGACACGUUCUGCCCUUUGGGCCCUGCGGUAGUUACGAAAAAUAAACUAGACCCCAACAACUUAAAUAUCAAAACUUGGGUCAACGGCAAGUUGAAACAGAACGGAAAUACGAAAGAGAUGAUCUUCAAAGUCGAUUUUCUCGUCUCGUAUUUGUCACAGAUUGUAACACUGUACCCCGGCGAUGUGAUCCUCACGGGGACCCCUUCCGGGGUCGGCAUGCACCGCAGCCCCCCUGAGUUCCUCCACAAAGACGAUAUCCUCGAGAGCGAAAUUGAAGGAAUCGGCAAAAUGAGAAACAUUGUUCAAUAAAUUUUUUAUCACAA